UCUUUCUCUUUCGAUAGCCUCAUUUCUACGUUUUACUUUUCUCUCAUCUGUUUCUUCGUUGCUGUUCAACUUGAGAGGUAGCGUUUUGAACGAGUAGCUAAAACCUUCUUCGCCUCCUUCGACGACUUUCCUUCCAGUUCACCGUUCUUUUUGUUGGACCGGAAGUACCGACGGGAGCUCGCUCGGUGUGAAGCCCCUUAGACGACCUCCAUUCCUGUCGGAUCGGAAGUUGGGUCUGUUCGCCGGCCCCUUGGAUCGGAAGGAACGACGGGAACUCGCUCGCUGCAAAGUAUAAAAUCCUGUAUCCAACCUGCCCCUUCCCUUGUCCACGGCGAUGGCGUCUUCGAUGCUGAAGGCGGCCGCAGAGAAGGCCAUGCCGGCGGCGAGGAAGCAGGCUCUGACGCUGACGGAUGCUGCUGCGGCGCGAAUUCGCUAUCUUCUCGAUCUCCGGCAACGGCCGUUUCUCCGUCUCGGUGUCAAGGCUCGCGGAUGCAAUGGAAUGUCUUACACUCUUAAUUAUGCGGCAGAUGACAAAGGAAAAUUUGAUGAGCUUGUUGAGGAUAAGGGUGUCAAGAUAUUGAUUGAUCCUAAAGCUCUGAUGCAUGUCAUCGGAACCAAGAUGGAUUUUGUGGAUGAUACAUUGAAGUCUGAAUUUGUAUUUGUAAAUCCAAACUCAAAAGGACAGUGUGGUUGUGGUGAAUCCUUUGUGACAAACAGUUCUAAGAAUACAAAAUCAGGUAAUUCUUAAGUGUUCUCACGGAACAUAAGGAUAAAAUUGAUUUCUUCCUAAAUCUCAGCUUAUGCAGCGGUUAACUAGCACUUUAGAAUUCUCCUAAAUGCAGUGUUACUAAACCAAAUUUUUUUCUUUUUUUUUUCCUCGUAAGUUAACCAUGUCAGCAUAUAAUGUAAUUGCAUAUUCUCCAUUCUUACAGGAGCUGUAGAACUUUCUGGAUCAGUUAUAUGAAUUAUUUUGUCAUUAUGUUGAAUAAAUGGCAUAUUUUAAUGCGCUUUUUUUUGUACAGUUGAUCUUAUUUCAUAUUAAUAAAAUAUAUCCCAAGUAGAAUUGCAUGA